AUGGCUUUCCGUGCUGUCACUAGAAGAGCCGCCUUUGCCCGCCCCGCCGUCGCGGCGCGUGCAUUUCACUCGACCCCCCGGGCCUUCGUCCGUGUGGGCGAUGAGAUUCCCGACCUCAAUGUUCUUGUCGAGGACUCGCCCGCCAACAAGGUCAACCUCGCCGACGAGUUCAAGUCGGCUAAUGGCCUGAUCAUUGGCGUGCCCGCUGCCUUCUCGGGCACUUGCUCGGCGAGCCAUGUGCCCUCGUACAUCAACCACCCCAAGCUCAAGGAAGCGGGCUCGGUGUUUGUCGUCUCGGUCAACGACCCCUUUGUCAUGAAGGCGUGGGCCGACCAGAUGGACCCGGCACAGCAGACGGGAAUUCGAUUCCUCGGCGACCCGACGGCCGAGUUCACCAAGGCGCUGGACCUUGGCUGGGAUGGCUCGGCCAUCUUCGGCGGCAUCCGCAGCAAGCGUUACGCGCUGGUCGUUGAGAAUGGCACGGUCAAGUCGGCUCACGUUGAACCUGACAACACGGGCACGGCUGUCUCGAUGGCUGACAAGGUGCUUGGCUAA